AUGUGGAGGGUUCGACAAUCUCGAAAGGCCAAUGCAUACGAGAGAACGAAGACAACUUGCUCGGACAAUAAGAAAUCCCCCAUCACACCUCUGGAGGGAUUCAAUUGGGAGGAGACCGAGCCGCUGCAAUUUCGGCCAUUCAAAGGAAAAGACAAGUAUAACCUGACCAUGGCACUUGAAAACCUUGAUCCAUCAGAGCUCCUCCCGAUGGACAAAACAUACAAGAACCGACUCGCUCUCCGCAAGUCCGUACUCGACCAGCACCAUGACAUCGUGGUGGCAAUCAACAACGAUCAAACCCCAGAAGAAGACGCUCGCAUCCGCCCCGCCAUUAGCGAACUAUACAAUUUCGUGCUGGGAACAUACCUACCAACCCGAUAUCCAAGCAUGUUUCAACUAAACGCCGAGAGCUCGCUCUUCCAAAACCUGGUAACAGGCGCAACCUGGCCAACAACCCUGUCACCAAAGACACCAGCAAUCCAAGCCCUGGAAAUCCUGUCCCAGACAGUAGACGAUGAUUUCCUAAUCCUGUUCCCUGAGCUCUCACCCGAUAGUGAAGAACAACCGAGAUAUGUACUGCAGGCAUAUGCGACCUGUUUCCCAUCUGGCUUCAACACUCGCAAGAAACUCGGGUUGCGUUUAGUAGAUAUUCAUGGGCCGGUCCCGCGUUAUCAGGAGAGGAUUGAGCGCAGUAUGGAUAAAUUCUUUGCGCGCAUUGAAGUUGGGAAGUUUGUGAAACGAGUCAAUUGGAGUAUUACUAUUGACACGGGCCUGUUUGCUGCUUUUGGUGGAACACAUGCUGUGUCGGGGAAAAAGGAGGAGGCUAUUGAGCUCGGGAAAUUGAAUGUUGAUCAGACUGUUCUCCGAUGUGAGCGUCAAACACUGCAUCGCCUGCCGGUGUCCAAGGCUCUUGUCUUUACCAUCCACACUUAUGUUUAUCCAGUUAAGCAGAUUAAGGAUGAGGGUUCUGGUGAGGACCUUGCGAAUGCGAUAGAUGGCUUGAAGAAGGGGAAUGUGCCAGAAAUGCAUACUUAUAAGAAGGGAGAUGUGUGGGGAGAUGCAUUGAAGGACUUCCUAAGGGCCUAG